UUCUGCCAGCCAGUCUGUAAUCCGUUCAUGAUGUUGGUGGUUCAUAAAAUUACUGGGAAUAUAUUGAAAGUAUGAAAACAUAGGAUGUUUUAUUUUUCUCGUUCAUUCAAUGUGGACAUAUUUGAAAUUGCACUUGUCCAAAAUAUACAGGUGAGAGAGGGCGGCUAUGACCAAAAGGUGAACGAGAUCGGGCAAAAGACAUGGGGAAUCAUGAAAGGCGUUAUGGCGAUAGCAUCACAAAAGGUCGAGGAAUACACCAAAGAGGGAGGUAUCAGCAACUGGAAAGGGGAUAAUUGGCAAAAUAACUACAACACACAGAAUGGCCACUACCAAAAUUUUGGACAGGGGAGCAAGGGCUUUGAUAAUAAUUCUUUCAAAAACCAUUCGAACAGAAAUUACAGCUCCGUCAGCUCGUGGGACGAUUGGGACGACAAGAAUCAGAAGGAAGAGCCUAAUAAUAAAAACGGGAAUCAUGGUGGUGAUAAUUGGGCCGGUUGGGAUGAUGUCAAGAAUGAGAGUGAUAACGGUUACUACAACGAAAGCUCAGCAAGCAAGGAUAUCGGUCAUAAGUCUGGCUCUUUGUGGGCAGAGGGCGGCUUCGUCUAAAAAUGUCCCUUCUGUAAUUUUUGGGUAAAAUGCAGGUAGCCACCCUCAUUUCUUUGCUCUUUGUGUGUAUUUUUAUUAUUGAUUUAUGACAUGGGACUAAUUGUCCUACGUCCGCGGUAACAGCCAAGAAAAAGAACUGUAAUUAAUCGUUAUUAUUAUUCUUUGUAAGAAACUGUACUUAAAUUUUAUAAUUGUUCUAUUAGUUUCAUUUGCAUGGGAACAUUUCCUUUUGUUA